UUUUUUGACUCUUUAUAGCCCCGACUGACUAAAGGUAAUACCGUUCCUGCAUCACCCGUUGACGUCGCUUGUUCCUACUGUGGUUUUGGCGUGUGCUGCUGUUCAUUAGAAGCUACACGGGUCCAUUGUGCAGUCACUCAUCAUGAAAAGCUCAAAGGAAGCCGUUCAGACCGCCGCCAAAGAGUUCCUGCACUUCGUCAACCGGGGAGUGUCACCCUACCACGUGGUGGAUGAGUGUAAGUCUCGUCUGCUGAAGGCAGGCUUCACUGAGCUGAAGGAGGCAGAACACUGGGACAUCAAGCCGUCCAACAAAUACUUUGUGACCCGGAACUACUCCUCAAUCAUAGCGUUUGCAGUGGGCGGCCAGUAUCACCCUGGCAACGGCUUCUCCAUGGUGGGCGCCCACACCGACAGCCCCUGCCUCAGGGUGAAACCCCGCUCUAAGAAGACUCGACUGGGGUGUCUGCAGGUGGGCGUGGAGUGUUACGGCGGAGGCAUCUGGAACACCUGGUUUGACCGUGACCUCACCAUCGCCGGCCGUGUCAUGGUCAAGAGUGGUGGUAAGCUGGUGCAUCACCUCGUGCACGUGCCACGCCCCAUCCUGCGGAUCCCUCACCUGGCCAUCCACCUGCAGAGAGACAUCAACGACUCCUUCGGUCCUAACAAGGAGAACCACCUAGUUCCUCUCCUGGCCACAGCUGUUCAGGAGGAGCUGGAGACUGGCUGCACCUCCACAGGAGACGCCUGCAACGCCACGACCACAGUGGAGAAGCACCACUCGGCGCUGAUGCAUGUGUUGUGUGGGGAGUUGGGGGUGGAGCCGGACGCCGUGCUGGAUUUUGAGCUCUGUCUGGUGGACACGCAGCCCGGGGCCAUCGGUGGUGUGUAUGAGGAGUUCAUCUUCUCACCCCGUCUGGACAACCUGCACAGCUGCUACUGUGCACUUACGGCUCUGACUGAUUCCAGCACUCCUGAGUCUCUGGCCAAAGACCCCAACAUCCGCAUGGUGGCCUUCUAUGAUAACGAGGAGGUGGGGUCAGAGAGCGCUCAGGGCGCCCAGUCUAACCUGACGGAGCUGAUUCUUCGGCGUCUGGCGUCCUCGGCCCAGAACCUCAACGCCUUCCAGCAGGCCGCCGCCCUCUCCUACAUGAUCAGCGCCGACAUGGCUCACGCCCUGCACCCCAACUACCAAGAGAAACAUGAUGAGAACCACAGACCUGCUUUCCAUAAGGGCCCGGUGAUCAAGUUCAACAGUAACCAGCGCUACGCCACCACGGCCGUCACCGCGUCCAUCCUCAGGGAGAUCGCCGGGAGGGUCGGCGUGCCCCUGCAGGAUGUGAUGGUGAGGAAUGACAGUCCGUGUGGAACCACCAUCGGUCCGAUCCUCUCUUCCCGGCUGGGAAUUCCGGUUCUGGAUCUGGGAGCGCCACAGCUGGCCAUGCACUCCAUCAGGGAGAUGUGCUGCACCUCCGGAGUGCUCCAGACCACCACCCUGCUCAAGGGUUUCUUCGAGCUGUACCCGUCCGUCAGGAGCCAGGUGUAUGUGGACUAGAGGAGACGGAGGGAGGAACCGGACCAGACCAGACCAGAACGCCAGAACCAUGUCUUCAGAGAGAACCUGUUCUGUCUCGGGUCUUAAAGAACACGUAUCACCUGUUUAAAGAACGCCAGACCACCAGAACCAUGUCUUCAGAGAACCUGGUCUUAAAGAACACAUAUCACCUGUUUAAAGAACACAUAUCACCUGUUUAAAGAACACAUAUCACCUGUUUAAAGAACACAUAUCACCUGUUUAAAGAACACAUAUCACCUGUUUAAAGUUGGCAGACAAACAUGCAUCUUCUGAAGCACCUUUUCAUACCUGUACUGUUCUCCAGACUGGCAUAUUAAACUGUGUCUUGGUAA